GAUUAAUUGCUAAUUAAUCAAUCAACUGACUUUACCACACAAAAUAUUCGAUUUUGUUAUAUCUGGCAUUACUUUAUGAGCACAUACUUCUACUAAGCAACUCUGCUGAUUAUUAACAACCCUGUACGUAAACAUUUCUUGAAAGUUUGUCAGACGGCUGCAGGAUUUUUGGCGCGGUAAUUAUUGUCGCAAUUAAUUGGUUUACUGUUGCGUUGAUCGCGCAUAAUAUUUUACAAAACUUUAUCAUAUAGAACAUACGUUAUGUUUAAAAAAACUGUAAAAAAGAAAAGCAGCAACAGCGCCUUACCUAUUUCCAAUAGUAAGGUAACGGAAUCUAAAAAAGGUGUUAUAAAAAAAAUCUCUAGUAAAACUGCUGUAGAUUCAAAGAAAGACUCGCCGAAUGACAGAAAUACAUCGCCUGAAGGAAAUAAAUUAGUUAACACACACAGUUUAUCUACUCCAAGAAAAAGUGUCCGAAACAAUUUGGAAAAAACGAAGAAAAUAGCAGUUGAAGAAAAAAACAAAUCUGUUAAACAUAAAAGUUUAUCAACUCCAAGAAGAAGAAAUACUUCAGCACUGAGCUCCAAAAUAUAUAAAUCUAGGUCAACAUCACAAUUGUGCCAUACUCCAACAUCUACAAGAAUUAUUGAUUCGGUAUCGAACAUUAAUAAAAGGCAAAAUACAAGGAAAAAUUAUAAAAGUAUGCCAAAACUAACGUCAUCUACGAAAAAAACAAAACCAUCAGUUUCCGAUCAGACAAAAAAAUCAGCGAAUUCAAAACAUAAAUCAGUUGGAAACGGACUUACUGCAAAUAUAUUCAAGGACAAGUUUCAAGGUGACGAUCAACCAAAAAAUAACAUUACUGAGCCUCCAAAUAAACGCUUAAGUCCGAAAAAGUCAAAAGAUGAUCAAUAUUUAAACAAAAAUCAGACCAACACAAAAUUCAAUGGAUCGCAAAAUGUUUUAAGAAAUCGUAGGAAAUUAAAAAAUUCUAGUGCUGAGCUAGAUUUCAUUCCUGCCAGUAAUGAAACUUCUAACGAGGAUGUAAUAUUUGUUACUGAAAAUGGCAUAUCCAAAACUAAUGUUACUGGAGUACAGCACAAGAAUUUAAGUGAACUUCAAAAAAAUGUUUUGAAUAACGUUGAGUUUAAAGAUGUAAAUGAAAAUUUUAAUCUUAAUAAAAACUUUACUGGAAUUCAAUUUAAUGCAACAAAAAAAGAAAGCAAGAGAAGAGAGAAAACUAUAACAGAUCUAAGUUUUGACAACAAUGAAGCUUCUACCGAAGAUGUAAUAUUUGUUGAUGAAAACAUAGCUUGUAAAAGUGUCAUAUCUGUAACUGAUAAUACUGAGGCGCAAAAAAAUGUAAGCGAUUUUACUAAAGUUGACACAAAAAAAGAAUAUCACCAUUUAAAUGCUUACGAAGGUUUAAAAAUUGCUAUAAAAAGUCCUCUAAAAAAACCUAAAAAAUCAAGAACAGCAAGUGGUGAACCAGAUCUCAGUAUCAUAAACAAUAAAACGACUAUCGAAGACAUAAUAUUUUUCGAUGAGAAUAUAUCCUGUGGUAAUACCAUACCUAAGAUUAAUGUUAAUGUAGAUCAGUCAAACAGUUUAAGUGAAGUUUCAAACAGCAUUGAAUCAAAACAUGGUAGCGAUCAUUUGAAAGCUGCUUUUAUAGAUUUAAAUAAUCAGUGUUUAACGAUUACUGCAAAAAUUCCUCUAAAAAGUGAGGAAUUAAAAACAGCUAAUGCUGAAACGGACUAUAGUCUCAUCAACAAUGAAACUUCUAUUGAAGACCUAAUAUUUGUGGGUGAUAACAUUGCUUGCAAAAAUGUAUCUAAAACUGAUGUAAUAGGUGUAUUUUUAAACGAUAAAAAACAAGAACGCUCAAUUCAUGAACAGGAAUGUAACGAGCCAAUAGUAAAUAGUAACGUGUAUUGUACAGUAGCCAAAUUGGAUACUGAUUUAGAUGACGUGGAAUUUACUGGACACAUACAAUUGAUAAACGAGAAUCAGAAUUUUACAGAUUUCGUAUCUGUUGCAAAGUCUUCUUCGCCUAUCAGCAAUGAUAGUGCAAAAGGUUCAUCGAUAGCCAAUGACGAACAUUGUUUGCCAUAUAAAAGUGGUGAUUUACUGUGGGCUCAAAUAUAUAAUUACUGUUAUUGGCCUUGUAUCGCUUGCCCAGAUCCAGAUGGAAAUAUUAUUACGAACAUAAGUUCCAAAAAUUUUGUACAUGUUAUGUUUCUUGCUGAUAAUUGUCGAACAAAUAUGGCGAAAAAUGUUAUGCCAUAUGCAGGAUUAAAAUCCUAUAAAAAACUUGUCGAUGAUAUCGAGAAAACAGAAGGCAAAAAGGCAAUCCAAAAUAAAUGUAUGAUUCCGAAUCGAAAUAGAGAGCAAAAAUGGUAUGAAGCCGUUCGCGAAGCUACUAUUUUAACAAGAGUGGAUCAUUCGGAGCGUUUAGAAGUGCUUAAAGAGAUGUAUGAAAAUACACGAUUAAUAUCAAAAACCAAAAUGAAGCGACGAUUGACAAUGAUGGAAACAUAUGAUGGAGACUCACAAAUAAGAAGAGAUUCUAUAGAUGAUAUGAGUACGGAAAUGGUACCUCUAUCCAAGAGACAACGAUCAAUAUCACCAUUUAGUCCACAAUAUUCACCUAUAAAAGCGAUGCCAAAACGUACAAAACUAAGUCUAGGUGCUGAAUUAAGUAAAGAAGAACCGUCAGAUACUUGGAACUCUACCAACAGCUUAUGCCCUGAUAUUUUCGAAGACCCGAAUUUUAAAAAACUUCAACUUGCGUUGAAAGAAUUUACUACGGAAAGUAAUAUGAAUGAUAAACAUGACGAAAGUUUGCUUAUUUACGCAAAAAAAAUAUGGUCAUUAAAAUAUAUGAAUAAAGUCGAAUAUGAACAACAACUUUAUAAUAGUUAUAGUGCUUCUGAAUAUGGGUCAGUGUUGACCGACAUAGAAAACGAUGGGUCAUCGUCAUCAGUGAAACGCUUAUCAAAUAGGUUGAAACAUAUAGCCUUUCAACGUUUGUCAACGAACUUGAAUCAAAUGAAUACUAAACCGGUUAAUGAGUUAGUAGAGAGAGUACAAGAAGAAAGAGUAAAAAGAGAACCAACUCGUGCAAUAGAAGAAGUUAUUGACGAUUUGUACAAUUUAGAUCAAAAAUAUUUAUUUCGAGGAGUUGGAAAGUUUACAGUUUGUAAGUAUUGUUACAAAGGGGGUGAUAAUAUAAUAAAAUGUGCGAACUGUCGGUCCUGGAUUCAUGUAGAUUGCGCAACUAAUACUCGAAAAAAUAAUGAUGACAGUAAUGUUAGACGUUCAAUAACUCGUAGAAGAUCACGAUCAAACAGCACAACAGAUUUGUCUCUAAACAUAAUUGCAUCAUCAAUUAAUAAAAAUGUAAAUACACAAAAAAAUUUAGCUGUAUCCAGUCAGGAUGCCGUUAACGAUCUAAAUACUGCCAGCACUGAUUAUCAUUUAAUUGAUUCAGAUGUAUUAAUUCAAAGCAAUC